ACUUUUUGUACUUGACGUAACACAGAAACUUUAUUUCCUACUUCCUGGUCUUAAACUCUGCUCUUGAUUAAUGGAUCCGCGUGCUUAAAAAACGCUGCAAAUAUAGUCAAACAUGAAAACACGCGCAGCUUUAUCAAACAUCCGCCUCAGCUUCACUUCUUGAUCGUGAUUUUGCAGAAUUGAACCAUGACAGAAACGAGUCGACCUCAGCGCAAGCUGUCCAGAGCUGGAGAGAGUUUAUACCAGACGUUAGGCCUGCAGAAAGGAGCGUCGUCUGAAGAUAUUAAGAAAGCAUACAGGAAACUUGCACUGAAGCAUCACCCGGAUAAAAACCCCAACAACCCGGAAGCAGCAGAGAAGUUUAAAGAGAUCAACAAUGCCAACAGCAUCCUCAAUGAUGAGACUAAACGUCAGAUCUAUGAUGAGUACGGCUCCAUGGGCCUCUACAUCGCAGAUCAGUUCGGAGAGGACAGCGUGAAAUAUUACUUCCUCAUGUCCAAGUGCUGGUUUAAGACUCUUCUCUGUAUAGGGACGAUCUUAACGUGCUGCUGCUGCUGUUGCUGCUGCUGUUUCUGCUGUGGGAAAUGUGGCGGUUCAGAGCCUCCAGAUAAUUUCCAGUAUGUAGAUCCAGAAGAGCUGGCGGAGGAGGAAGAGCGCAGCAGAGAUAAUGAAACGGUAAUAAUAGGACAGCCCAUUCCCUCUCCGGCUCCAGCUGCAGAUUCAGGUUAUCCUGUGAUUGUGGGAAUGCCUAUUCCUCUAUCAGAUGGAGACACUGCUAGCCUGAUCCCUCCAGACACACACGUGGAGGUCAUCAAGGAAUAGAGCAACAAACACACACCAUCCCGAAGACUGAUUCGUUUGUAUUACACACAGUGUCUUUGCAGUUUGUGUGGCUUGUUUUGUCUCCACACAUCAUGCUGUUUUUGUUUACAUCAUUUUAUAAUUGCCUUCUGUUUGCUUGAAUGUGUCUUAAUGUGUGUCUUAACGUAGAGCAACUUCAUGUCCAAAGCUUCUUCACAUGAGCUCCCGUGUACAGACCAACAUAUAUAUGAAAUUAAAUAUCAUCCAAUAUUGUGAUCCAAUAAA